GCCAUCACCAUCUCCAACGCCCUCGAAUGGCUCAUCGCUGCCUCGAAAUCCCUGAAGUUCUCCUGAUAAUUGCGAGAGAGCUGCGCGAGGAAUCUCUAGCGUCCGUCCUCAAUCUCGCGCUCACCCACUCUUCGAUGUGCGGGCCAUGUCUGGAAGUGCUUUGGGAGAAGCAGACGAUGCUGGUCCCGAUCCUCAAGCUCUUCCCUGAGUGCGAGAUCCGUGAUUGUCCGGGGACAUCUGAAGCGCAGGACCUGGUUCGAGCGAAGAUCCUGACAGGCCCUCCAUCUCGUGACUCCUGGCUCGAAGCGCAGAAGUACGCGCGUCGUGUGAGAGUGUUGGAACUCGUCAAGGAAGACGGAGGGAUAUACUCGAGAUUCCGAAACCGCUACUUCACCGAUGAAGAAGAGGAGGACGAAGACGAGAACGAUGACUCUGACUCUGAGGGCGAUGGCGCUCAGGACGAGGUAGAAGACGGCGAUGACGACGGCCUUCCGGAAAAUGAGGGAGAUGUACUAGGCAAUGUCGCCGGUCCCGAUCCCUCAGGCGAAGCAGAAGGGGUCGACGAUGGCCUUUUCGACGAAAGAGGAAGCGCGGGCGCGGGCGCGGAGGCCGACGACGUCGUACAGAAGUCAGUGGGACUCAGUCGCGAAAACAUGAGGCACCUCUUGCUAUGCGCAGGAGGCGAACCUCUGUUCCCUCGCCUGCGUACCUUGGACUGUACGGAAUCGUGUUCGCCGGCCUUUCUCUUGGAUCUCCCCAGUCUCUUCGCGCCCAGUCUUCGAGAAGUCAUUCUAUCUUUGCGUCUGAUGCAGGAAGAAGAAAAUUUCGCGCUAUACGAGCAUCUUCCUACCGCCUGCCCCGACCUCAAAAGGCUCUCUAUCUACACCGAUGGUCCAUGCGACAUAGAGCAGUCCAAUGCGUUGCGUGACAUGAUCCUCCGGUUCAAUUCGUUGACUACCCUCGGCCUUCCCGAUACACGCCUUCCAGCUCUUGUCCAUCUCGGUCAAUAUGAUGCGUUGGAGUCGCUUGAGCUUACCCUGCGAAAUAACUUCUCGCUGGAUGAAGAUGUCGAGCCCUUCGUCUUCUCAGCGCCCGUCAAACACUUCCGCAUCAAUGCGCACGAUCACGCGCCUCUCGAAGUGGAAUCCCUCCACAUCCUUUGCGAAGAGGAAGCCCCAACAUGCAGAUGUGAUGUCCGAGAGAACACACUCGAACUUCUUGCGUCAGGUUUGGCGCCGAGCGUGAUCCGGCAGCUGCUUUACUACCAGUGUUCCUACAUCGAUCCCACCUGGGGCGCGCUUCCCGCUUCCUGCCUGUUACAAUUCACCGUCUACCCGCAUCUAACACACCUCGGUCUCGACUGCUGGAUCGACGCUACGGAUGCGGACCUCGAAGCGGUGGCCAGGGCACUCCCGCUUCUCGAGCACUUCGUCCUCGAUGUCACAGCGGAGGGGCGCAAUGGCCUCAUGCAGGAUGUGCGAACGACACUCGCGGGGCUCCUUCCCUUCUCGCACCACUGCCGCGACCUUCGGGUUCUGUGUCUGCGUCUUGACGCGACCAGUGUCCCAGCUAUCCCAGAUGCAUCUGAGGCAAGCGCUCCAGUCGCGCACCAUGUGCGCAUGCACUUCGCCGACUCCGCCGUCGCUGACCCUGCCGCGGUCGCGGGCUUCCUUGCGCGCGCCUUUCCGGCCGGAUGCAGCAUCGCACGCUACCCUCCCCGCGAUGGCAUGUACGACCCGUAUCAUACCCCUCUUCUUCCCGUACUAGGCGACACGUUCGAUAAUGAUGCCCAGUGGAAUAUCAAGAAGCGGGGGUCGUGGCCUAUCGGACGGUGGCGAAAGGUUUACGACGAGCUGCGCCGGUUGCAGGGGUCGCCCUAAUGCGCUAUGCUGUAUCUCAUAGCACUGAAGGGGAGAAGAAAUGUGGCCUACCGAGCCCACGGUGUCUCUCCACAGCAUCUCGCAACCCUCAUACAUGAAAUACAUUCGGCGCACGUACGCAUGCUGAUAUCUGCCUCUGAAUGUAUCCUGUUU